UUUACUUCAGUAUCCUACUAAAACUCAAGUAGUAGGCAGUGGGAUCAACUCAAGAGUGAAGUUAUCUUUUGUUUAAUUUUACUUACUAUCACGGAAAAGGAAUUGAAUAUGUCUUCGUAUAAAAUGUCUCGUGAACCGAGCAAUCGUAAGGUUUUUAUCGGUGAUUUAGCCAGGGAUGCUCGCAAGGAUGAAGUCGAAGACGCCUGUAGAAAGUAUGGACGCGUAAUGGAUGUUUGGUUAGCCCGUAACCCUCCUGGAUUUGCGUUUGUGGAGUACGAGGAUGAGCGUGAUGCAGCUGAUGCCGUUCGCGAUUUGGACGGCCGUGAUAUCUGUGGAAGGCGAGUACGAGUAGAGCUUUCGUCAGAACGCUCACGCCGUGGUAGAGGACCGAAAUCUGAUAGCAAGUGUUAUGAAUGCAACCAACGUGGCCAUUUCGCUCGUGAGUGUCGAGAUCGCAGAGUGAACCGACGCGACCGUGGCUAUUCCAGGGAUCGACGAUCACCACCAAGUCCUCGCCGCAGUCGGUCGCCAAGAAGACGACGUGACCGAUCGCCUAGUUAUCGGCGUGAAAGAUCAGCCCCUAGACGUACGCCAAGUAAUGGACGUGACAGGUCUAGGUCAGGAUCAAAAGGUUCAGGAAAGCGUCACAGAUCACCAAGUCAGCAACGAUCGAAAUCUCCAAGCCAUCGCGGAAGAAGCUACUCUCGAUCUCAGAGUGUUGACAGCGCAAGAAGUCGUGGGUCCCGUGAUCAGGAAUCUAAGAGGCGUCGCCGUAGUCCUGAAUAAGCUAUGUAGUUAUGUUUUGCGAAAAAAAGUAGGGGCAAUUUACAUGAGUUUAUGGCAGGUUGUGGUAUACCCAUUAUUUGAUUAAAUUUAUUAUUAUACAACAACAGAUAUAUGUAUUUGCCUCUAAAUCAAUCUUAUUUAAGUUAAAAGUAAUCUUUCAGCAGAGAAUAUACUUCAAAUUCGAAUUAUACCUUCUUUAAUUCACUUUUCAACUGUAAUAGAAAUUUGUAGUCCAAUAAAAGUCCAUAAACUAAAUA